CACUCUAGUUAGUUCCUCGGGCGCGCCUUGGCGUUUGACCCUUACUGCCUCCUGUAGCUGCCUGAGACGGAACGGGGACAUUCCCGCCAAUUUGAAUCUCAGACUGGGAUGCAGCUGCCGUAGCAGAGCUUUAUGCCCCAUGCCCAGCUCGCUACCUCCCUCGUGUGACUGAGGUGAGAGAGAACUUUAUACAGUGCCUCUGGAUGCCAAGCUGAGAGAUAAAGAAUUUCUUCAACAUGUGGAAUGAUAUUGAACUUCUGACAAACGAUGACACAGGAAGUGGACGACUGAACAUAGGUUCAAGACAAGAAUGUGGAACUGCCUUGUACCAAGAGGAUACUCUAGUUAAAAUAACUUCCUCUGAAAAGGUCUUGUGUAAUCCAAAACUAUAUGCAUGCAACUCAAGUGAUGGCUGUAUUAUUGUGGCUGACAGAUCAGUGGCACUUCUUGAUAGCAUUUGCCAGUCUUUUCAGAUGCACAUUCAAUUUGAUACUGAAGUGGAUGUGGUUGGUUUGUGUCAAAAAGGACAGUUUCUUGUGGUCGGUGAGAGAAGUGGUAACCUACAUCUUAUUCAUGUACCAUCAAAGCAAACUUUGCUAACUAAUGUUUUGGUUCAGAAAUCUGCAAAUGAAAAGACUUAUCUAAACCUUAUUAUAGAAAAAGAUAAUGCAGAUGGAGGAAUCUAUCAUGUAUUCAUUCUCACAAGCAAUGGAUUCUUUUGCAUUAUGUGCCUCCCACUUGCAAAAAUCCAGGAAGCAAUUGACAAGAUGGAUAUGAUUACAGCAAAGAAGUUACAAGGAAUGAUCAAGACUGCUUAUAUUUCUACAAAGGAUUAUCACACCCUUGGUUGUCUGAAUUUUGUGACUGGUGACUUGAUGAACAACAUCCUGCUGAUAAUUGGGGGUAAAGGUGACUGUGUGCUCUCCAAAUGGGAGGUGGAUCCUAGUAAAAACCUGGCAUCUGUUCAAAGUUUUGCUGAUUCAAGUAUGAUUAAAGAUGCAGUGCAACUUCAGGUCGUAGACAACUUGUUGUUUGUCUUGGAUAAUGAAAACGUUUUGAGCAUGUGGGAUGUUUAUUCUCUUACCUUGACUUGGGAUUGGCCUUUAGUUCAUAUUGAAGAAUUUCUUCUAACUACAGAAUCAGAUUCUUCUUCAGUCAUAAGACAAGGGAUUUCCAGCCUUAAACUAAUAACCUUGACAGUACCUGUCAACAAACAGAUGAGAAACCUCAUGGUUUUUUCACUGCCUGCAAUGCACCUGCUCUAUUCUUUGGAAGUAUCUGUUGUUUCUUCACUGGUUCAAAGUGGAAUCAGCACAGAUACAAUAUCCUUUUUAGAAGGAAUUAAUGAAAAUCAUCAAGAGUCCCCUGAAGGCCCGGUGUCUGUUUUAGUAUUGAGAAGUUUAACAGAAGCCUUGCCAGAAAACAGAUUAAGUCGCUUACUUCACAAGCACAAGUUUACUGAAGCUGAGAAUUUUGCGAUUCAGUUUGGACUGGAUGUUGAGCUUGUUUACAAAGUAAAAGCAAGUGCUAUUUUAGAGAAAUUGGCUUCAUCUUCCAUUGGGAGUUAUGGCCAAACAGUUUGGUCAGACCUUGUGGAUGAAGCUAAAGAAAAUCUGCAUAAAACACAGGAUAACCAUUUUGUCGUGGAUUACUGUAUAAAUGCUCCAUGGCCAACGUAUGAAACAACUCAGGAAAUGUUAAACUAUGCUAAAAUCAGAAUCUUGAAGAGGGAUGACAAAAUGAUUGCUUCCUUAUCUGACGGGGUUCAAGUGUCCAUAACAGAAGUACUGAGAGCUCAAGCAAGACUAACUACUUUCUAUGGAGCCUUUGGACCAGAGAAAUUCAGUGGAAUUGCUUGGACUGAAUUCUUGAAUAAUGAAGAUAUUUUCAAGAACAUCCUUUUUCAGCUACAAGAAGGCAAUCUUCCUUGUGCGCAGUACCUCUGGCUUAGGCAUCAGGCAGAUUUUGAAAGCAGCUUUGAUGUGAAAAUGCUGGAGGACCUGCUUCACACAAUCUGUGCCACCAUUCCUGUAAAAGAACUGUGUCUGUGGUUUAAAAAUGUUGUGAUUCCUUUCGUAAGGAGGGUUGUGCCACAAGGACAGAAAAUAUUAGCAAAAUGGCUAGAACAAGGAGCUCGAAAUCUUGAAUUAACUGAUAAGGCAAAUUGGCCAGAAAAUGGACUUCAAAUGGUAGAAGUGUUUUUUACAAGUAAAAAUCCAGGUGAACUGGGACUUGCAUCUUCCUGGCGUUGGAUUCCCUUGAAGUGUGGUGAUUGUGACGAGGUACAUCGGUUAAAGAAGUUAGUGAAUGAUUUACAAGAAUUGGUAGAUCUCUACAGAAAGUACAGCUGCAAACUAGCGCUCUGUAAUUUUGAAAAGGAGAAUGCAAGUACAAUAGUAUUCCGCAUGUUUGAUAAAGUUUUGGCACCAGAGCUCAUUCCAUCCAUUUUGAAGAAGUUUAUAAAGCCAUACAUACAUGAACAUAAUCUACAACAGGAUGAACUUCUCUUGCAGUAUAUAAAGGACUUGCUAGAGCGCUGUCGCACACGAUCUACAUCAGUGUUUGAAACUGCAUGGGAGGCAAAGGCAAUAGCUGUCAUUGGCUGCAUAUCUGAUACAGAUCUGAGAUUUGAUGCAGUACUGCAGAUAAUGCAUGGUGCUGUGGUGCCUUGGAGUGCAGCUGUGGAGCAGCUGGUGAAGCAGCAUUUGGAAAUGAAACAUGUCAAAGUGAAGUUAUUGCAGGAAAGUUCCAGACUGAUGGAGAUGAAGAAGCUGUUACGGGGCUAUGGGAUAAGAGAUACUAAUCUUUUAAAGGACAAACAGAUGAUAAUGAGACUGGUGAAAUACAUUCUUAAACAAGAUACCCCUACUUCUCUGGAAGAUGCUUUGAAAAUUGUAGCAGCAUAUAUGUUGCCAAGUGUGGAAGUCUAUAUUUUGAGGAUGGUGGACCUGAUUGAUCGAGAUCAGGGAGAGGAAUCUCUAAACUUAUUAAAAUCUCUGCCCAUUGCUGAAGCAGAGGAAGUUGCAGAGAGAUUGUCCAUAUGGGCAAGAUUGGUAUUGCAGAAAGAAGCAGAUAAUUCUGAAGAGCGCAAAACGCAAAUGUGUAUAACAAAGACACUUGUGGAGGUUCUUAAAUUCCUGCUUCGCAUUCAGAAAGAAAAUCCUCUGAAGGAAGAUGAAUGUAAAGCAAACUUAAAAAUGUUUGAAACACUUGCUAGCUUGCAGGAGGAUUUCGAUAUCUUUAUUUCAGUCAAAGAUUAUGGGAAUCCUUUGUUGAUGUCUCAGCUCCUUGAAGAGCACAUAAAAGCAUAUGAAAGUAUCCAAUCCAUGGCAAAAUCUAGAAAAGUGCAAACAACGAAUUCCAAAGAUGAUAGUAGAACAAAGAACUGUUCCACUGAAUCAAGACUCUACAGACUAGCUUUACUUCUGCAAAUUACAGAGCAAGAGUUGGGGGCAAAGCUGGCACUGAGGUCAUUAGAUGCUGGAAAAAUUGAAGAGGCACUAAAGAUAUGCAGAGAUUUAUAUGAACAUCACUGUAAUGAACAAACAGGGAAGUUGCUAUUUUUAGCUUGUCAAAAGCUUUGUCAUAUGUUGGGAGCUGAUGUUCCAAUGAUCACACCUAAAGGACUGAACUUUCCAGCAGUGAUACAUGAGAUGGCAUGCCAAGCAGCUACAAUAUGCAGUCCAGAUCUGUUAUUAGAUUCUCUGGAGCUAUGUAAAUACACAUUGGCUGCUAAGGAAAUUUACGGACAAUGCCAAAUAGAAAACUAUGGAUUUAUAGCAAAGGCAGCAUCUUUUGGAGCUGAUAAGGAUCCUUAUGAAGAAUGGACCUAUGAUGAUGAUUUCUUUAGUGAAGAUGGGAUAGUUCUUGAUCCACAGAUGGCGCUCCCCGUUGCAUAUGAAACUAUUUCUUUCCUUGUGCCUAUUGCUGAUAACAAGAUGUAUCCUUUGGACUCUGUAAGCUUGGCAAACUGUCCAUUUAUUAAAGGACAGAACCUCCUGUUGCCAGUCAAAACGCCCAUCUGUGCACUGCUUCAGAACCUAAUGGAAAGCAGUCAGUGUGAGUUAGCGUUGCGACUAAUAGUCUGUCUGUUUGGAUCCUGUCUUCAGCACUGUGUAUCAAACAACAUGGAUAUGUGCCUGGGUGAGAAGUUACAUGAUGGCAAAAUGCUAGCUGAUGCCAAAAGCUUUCUUAUUGCUAUGAAACAAAAGUCCACUUCAGUGAUUGUCACUGCUGUCCUGGCCUUAUUACACAAGGUUUUCAGCUGUCGUCUGAUAGAUCAUAACCUGGCAUUGGGUUACUGCACAAUUUUGCCCAAGGAAGAUAUGUUUGAAAAACUCUGGAAUGUCAUAAACAACACAAGGCAAAAUUACAACAAAAUUCUGGCAGUAGCUCUGGUUGGAGCGCAGCUUGCUAGUCACUAUGAUGAAGCAGGAGAGAGACAAAAAUUCAAGGAAUUAAUUACUGAUGCAGAGUGGGGUAUCCAGCUUGGUAAACUUGGUAUUUCUUUCCAGACUGUAUUUAGGCAGCCAUCAAUAAGAAAGAAAGAACUCAUAAGAACCCUGGUACAGAAUCCAAAUGUAGACACAGACCUUAUAUUGAAAUACUGCAGAACUUUCAUGUUGGACAGUGAUGCAGCACUGCAGCUUUGCAUCGAAACACUCCUUCUCCAGAGUGCUAAUGCAAAUCAAGUUGAAGGAGACUCUGCAGGGGAUACUGUGAAGCAGCCUCAUUCCACACUACUGGCCAAAUCAGUAAAAAUAAUUCCUUUACUGAAAAGCACAAAAGACCUGGUCAUUAGCCUUAGUGGAAUACUACAGAAGCUUGAUCCAUAUGACUAUGAAACUAUAGAAAAUGUAUUGAGAGUGAUACAAAGAGCUGAUGAAAAUAGCACAAGUAUCCAGCUUAACCAGGCUUUGAGCUUAUUGAAACACCUGGAAUCCUAUAAAAGAACUUCCCCUCCUGUGGAUCUGGAACACCAAUAUAUUUUAGAGCACGUGAUUUCCCUGUCUCCAGCUGCUCAAACCAGGCUGCCUUUUCAUUUGAUAUUCUUUAGAACCACGCAGUGUUUCUGGAGUAUUAUAUCUGCAGAGCUUACUGAGGAGUCCUUCCCAACUCUUCUCUUGAUUUCCAAACUAAUGAAGGUUUCACUGGAUACCCUAUACAUGUCUGCAGCCAGGCAUGUCUUUGAAAAAAAAUUGAAGCCAAAAGUAUUUGAACUGACAAAAGCUGGAUGUUCAUCAGUGAUUAACAAGGAAACUACUAAAACUGUGCAAACCAUUCAAUCCUAUCUGCUAUCUAUAGUUAAUCCAGAAUGGGCUGUAGCUAUUGCUCACAAGAUUGCACAAGAACUUCCAACAGGGCCUGACCAGAUUCAGGCAUUGAAAUUCUGUCUCUAUUUAGCUGAGAAAUGGCUAACAAAUACUACAACCAAGGAUGAAUCGCACGAAAAAGCUGAAGUACUGCUGAAGAAGUUACGUAUGCAGUAUCAGAGAUCAGCCACAGAAACUGUGCUAAUAACCCACAAAUUAAGCACUGCAGAGCAUCUGAAACUUACUGGAAAGCCAGCAAAUCUUAUUGUUUUACUCUAUGAGCACAGCAGCAUAAACCAAAGGAUUCAAAAUCCAACCAACAGAGAUUAUCCAGAUAUUCAUGCAGCAGCUAAGGAAAUAGCUGAAAUUAACAACUUGGAUAUGAACAAAAUCUGGGAUAAAUUGCUUGAAAAAUGGCUGUGUCCAAAUAUACCAAUGGAUGAAAAAACUCAAAGCUUUGGGGAUAUACAGGAAGAUGAAGAACUCAGGAGAGUUGUAUAUCUACUUCAACCACGCCCAAUGGAUUACAGCUCAAGAAUGCUUUUUGCAAUUACAACAUCUGCCACAUCUCCCAUUGGUGUAAACCAGUUGACAUUUGCCCAGAGAAGCAGAGCUCUUAAGUGUCUGAUCUACUUAGCAGAUGCAGAUACAGUUGAAUCGCUGUUUAAGAAACCCAUUGCGAAAGUAAAGUAUUUUCUACAAUGCUUCAUUUAUCUGGCAGAGUUGGAAAGACUGAACAUUCCAUACACCUAUGAAUCCUUUCACAGGAGUCCUAAAGAAGGAAUGAUUAAGGGACUGUGGAAAAACCAUAGCCACGAACCCACGGCUGCCAGACUGGUGACUGAACUUAGUUUAGAAUAUAAAGUGUAUGAUCCUCAACUCUGGAGUGGCUUACUGCAGAAACUACUUGGUUUCAAUAUGAUUCAUUAUCUCAGGAAAGUUUUGAUAGCAAUUAUUGGGGUUCCUUCAUUAUGGCAGGUUCCUAACUUUAGCCGAGCUUGGAGAAGUGUAAUUCUGGCACCAUUUCUUGCAACUUCUUGUCCACCAAGUCCUAAGCAGUUAGAGGCAUGCUGUGAAUGUUUUGUAGUUCUACUGAAGUGUCCUGUUCUAGCUGAUCUAGAUAUAAUUGGAAUUGCAAGGCAAUAUGCACAGUUGGACCUUACAGCUUUUGCUCUGGGAUGCUUGCUGCUGAUUCCCCAGACUGAGAAGAGGGAGCAACAGAUUCAGGGUUUCCUAUCUUCAUGUAACCCAGAGACUGUCCUACAGCAAGUAGAUGAACACAUGAACACUGGUGAGGUAGCAGGCUUUGGAUCACAGAUUAGGUGUUUAAUUCUGGACAACAUCAUAAACGAGAAACAAUAUGAACGAUUUUUUAAAACAAAAUACUUCCCAUUAUUGAAGUUACAAGUGAUGAACACUCACAGAGUGAAAGAAUUAGUGGAUUACCUUGCCAACAAGAGCUGCAUGGAUGAUGCAGCAGCCGUAAUAGUAGAAUAUCAGAAACAAUGUGGAAAUCCCAUUCUGGCAGAUAAAUCAUCUUGUGAUAUUUUGAAGAUGUUUCUGAGCGGACCAGAGUAGACUUCUGCAUUUUCUUAUUGGAAACAGCUACCCAGAGGAGCAUGUAACUUGAUCUAUAUCCCUUCUCUUCCAGGGGCAAGAUUGUUUCAAACUGUAUUGGUCACAUGCAUUGUGUUUAAAGGGGAACUAAGUUGAAACCUCCUAAGUACCCUUUCAACAAAAGUUACCAUUCACUUUUUUUUAUUGCUCCUGGCUAACAGACAGACAUUCACAUUAGUUUAAGUGUGCUGUCCCAUGUGAAAGAGUUAAAGGCUUCACUUACAUUGUAUGAACUCUUUCUUCUCUUCCACUUCCCCCUCCCAUACAACUUGGUGUAAUCUCAGCACUUCAAUACUGGAAAUAGGAAGUGAAGUUUAAAAUUCUCACUUAAUUUUCAAGAGUUACAUGAAGUCAUUGCUGUGGGCUUUCUAAUUUCUCCUCAGUGUCAGGAUUUUUUGCUUUGUUUUUUAAACCUUUCCAUGUCAAAUCCUAUUUAGAAAUCCUUAUCACACAGUUUACAAAGUGAAUUUUAUCUUAACAAGAUUGUAAAUGUUAGUGUAUCUUAUGUAAAAUAUUUUGUAGACUUGUUUUUCAUUCAAGGAUGGGCACAAAUAAAACAGACAAGCUCAAAUUUUGAACUUAAAUACUAAUGUUUGUAAUGUAAACUAACUAAGACAUUCUCCCCAGACUUUCUAUACAUGCUACUUGAAUAGGGUAAGAUGACUCAUUUCAGUGAAAUUAAGAUUUUAGAUAACUUCUCUAAAAUCAACUGUGCAUAUAAACAAACAAUUUCACUGCCAUUGUUUUAUCGUGACACUAGUCUUUCUUUGAGACAAAAGUAUGUGGAUGAAUUCCUCCAAAGGAAACUGAGUACCUUCCUAAAACUGAGUGGAAACAUGCCAAUAAACUGAGCAUACUUAAAAUAGAUGCAAAAUAGAUAUAAAGGCCCAGGGUGGUUGUAUCUUUAAGACCCAUGUAUCUAGUCUAGUAAUAUUGUACUAACAAAAGUAAUAACCAGAUGGCUGUUUUAAUUAAUCUAGCAAUAGUUCUGUUUUUCAGCUGUCAGCUAAUGCAGACUGAGUAACACAGUAAAACAGAUAAGGAACUAAGUUGAAUAAGUGUUAUACCAGCUGAGUAAGGAGAAGAAAAUUAGAACAAGUUUUGUGCUUGCGUCAUACUAAGUUGUCUAACAAAUUGAGUUAUAAGAAGAUACACUUCCAAUCCUACAAUAAAUACUCUCAGCACUUGAAAGGAGAAUCACUCUCUUUGGUGGAAAAGCAGUUUCUUGUAAAAACAGUGAGCUAUUCUAGUGUAGUAAGCCACUCUCAGAAUGCAGAGAAAAAGAUGCUUGCUGUUCUUUAUGAAACAAACACCAAUAAUACUCUGCAAGAAAUGCUGCUAUGGCUCCCUUUCUUAGUGGGAUAAUUAGUACAAAAUGGCAGGCAUGAGCAACAGAAGCUACCCUACUAUGUGGAGCUUGGGUUGAGUGUUUUCAGAUGAGAAUAGGAAAUCCACAAGUCCUAGUAUUUCAAAAUCAAUUUUUGGGGUCUAAAUAAAUGAACUAUGGUCUUACUCAUCUUUAGAAAGUUGAAGUCAAGUGAAACUAAACUGUCUAAACUCUUGUAUACUGACGGGACCACUUCUAUAUAACUACAGUUUAACAUUUUAUCUUGAUUUAUUUUUUCCUUUAAAUCCGGAGUAAGUAAGGCAAAGGUAAUCAGAUGGUCAUUGGUUAAACUGGUACAAGUAAUUGAAGAUAGUUUGUGUAUUCUCCAAAACUGGUCAUGCAGUGUGUUAGAACUAGUUUAUGAUUUCAUAGAGAAGUUGUACUUUAAGUAACAGAACCUUAACAUUUAUUUAGUUUUAUCCUGGUAGUUUCAGGAACAGUAUUACAUCAUUUUGCUUUUGGCUUAGGGUACGUUUACGUUUACCUUCCCGGUCAACGCGGUGAGUUGGACUUCUCGGAGUUCGAACUAUCACGUCUAGAUCAGAUGCGAUAGUUCGAACUCCGGAAGCGCUGCGGUCGACUCCGGUACUCCACCACUGCAAACGGCAGU